AUGGAUUCCAUUUCUUUAAAUCAGAAAGCAAAUUUCGCUAUAGCUUCACGUUUGUUAGCGAGCGUAAUAAAUGAAGGAAUAGUAAAUGCCAUAUUUCGAUCAAAUAAUGAUACACAAAAUAAUGUUUUUGGGCCCAAAAAAUUUGGUGAAAUGAUCGUUUUACCAAGUUUCGAAAAAACCAAUUUUAAUAAUGAAAAUUGCAUCAUUUCGGUUCCAACUUUGCAUAAACCUAUAAUUUCGGCAUUUACUCAGCGUUUCGAUAAAGUUGAUUUAAUUGAUCCAUGGGAUAUCAUUUAUCCCAUUAAUAUAAUAAAAUUUAAAGGAUCAUUAUCAUUUCAAAACGGAGAUAGUGAAUCAUCAAUGAAACUUAUCUUUUCAUUAUUAAAUAGUAAUGAUUCGAUCGAGGCAAUUUCUUCCGUUGAAUUAAUGAGAAUAUUUGGUGCCUGGAUGAAAUUGGAUGAUGACUUCGUUAAACAAAUCAUUGCAGAACUUGAUAGCUCGGUUCAAUAUCAAACAUAUACAUAUAAAAGUUAUAAUCAUCAACUCUCUCUGCUCACUUCAAGCAUCGAAUGGGAGCAAAGUUUACUCGAAGGUCAUGCGACGCAUCCGAUGAAUAAGGCACGUCUUGCUAUGACACCAAUUCCGAAAAUUUUUCCCGGAACGUAUGAUUUCAAUAAUCCAUUGAUUCGUUUUGUUGAAGUUCCAAUUGACAAAAUGGUGAUUCGAGGUUCAUAUAAAAGGACCAUUGAAAAAAUCUUAAAAUUUACGUUUUCAUCACCUCCAACACCUUCAGAAAAUGCAAUUAUAAUGCCAGUACAUGAAUUACAACUUCCAAACAUUAGAUCGAAAUUUUCAUUUGUUAAAAUUUUACCAGAACAAUAUUCGAUCAAAGCAAAAAGUCAAGCCUCGCUUAGAACCGUUAUUAUACCAAAUUUGAAUGAUGUAGCGAUUAAACUUGCAUUAGGAAUAAAGGUUACAUCAGCAUUGCGUACCAUUACACCUUGGACGGUUCAUUCUGGUACAGGACUUGGAAAUAUUCUUGAUAAACUUGAAAUUGAUCGAAAUUUGUUAAAAGUGUGUAAAGAAUUUGCUGGCGUUUAUCCUAUUGAAGAAGAUUAUGAUAUAGCUAAACAUUUAUCUUGCAUUAUACGAGAAGAUUUCAAUGAUCUGAAUUCUGAUGGUGAAAGUGUUGUUGUUUGUUCCGCUUUAACUGAAAGAGAUGAAUUUGGUAAAAGUGUUGUGGAAAGAGUUUGGGGUUUAGACACUUUGCAAAAACGAAUCGAUUUUCUUGAUAGAUAUGUUCAUAUUUUAUUUAAAGCUUUCCUUCCAGCAGUUUUGGUUAAUGGAUUUUCAUUUGAGAGUCAUCAACAGAAUGUCUUGGCAAGAUUUGAUUCCAAGAGUGGACAACUCGUAGGCUUCGUUGUUAGGGAUUAUGGCGGUAUCAAACAUCAUCAAGAUACACUUUUCGCGAGUAUAGGAGAAAGAGUUGAUGUACUAAAAGAUAAUGUUACAGAAGCAAAGAACUUAAUUGAGGUGAGCCAUAUGUCAAGCAUUCUUCUAUGA